AUGGUCCCACUUCAGCCAAAUGGAGUCACUCUCAGCACAGGAUCCACAGCUGGAAAAGUCGAUUAUGCAAUUGCAGACGCCAAAAAACCCAACCACAUUUCCAAAUACUACGCAGAACUUCAGCUGUACCAGUCCGACAGUACAUUUCCAGCAACGAACGACGAGGUCAUUGACCUGGUAGCCCCCGGGUCGGACCCUGCAGGAACUCUGGCCACAAUUGUGGAACCAGGGCAGUUUUUGCGUUUCCGGGUGUCUUCAGUGAACGAAUGUGGUGACCGCUGGUCGGAAAAAAUCGACACCUACUACCGAGCGCCGGUGGACUCCCCCCUGACUGGAUCGAAUGCUCCGUUGGUGGUCAAAAAAGGACCCACAUUUCUGUGUCUCUUUGGAGGCUAUCACAAUAGCUUUGACUACAGCUACAUUGAACUGACACUGAGCCAAUCCGGAAGACAACUAGUAACUUCUAGAUGUGGUGUGUGCUGAGGCUCCUAUGGGCAGCGCUGAUAAUUCUACCAGCUUUAAGGCGGAGUAUGUCGCGGGGGAUGAGAUGACUUGGGAGGAUGUGGACUACACAGUGACUUCAUCUUGGACUGAGACCUUCGACCAAUCGGUUGUCAACCCAGCGACAUACGAGAACAUAGAGUGCAAUGCUACCACUUAUGUCUGCUACAUAACUUACGAAGCAGACUUCAACCAACUCUAUGCCCACUUUGUCCACCUCAGUAUCUAU